AUGCCUCCGAUCAAGCUCGUGCCCGGACGCGGCCUGUCCCAACGAGGCCUCGUCUCCAUUGCUCGCCACUGCAUGCCGCCAUCACUCGCUGCACACGCGCUCGAGACGGCCGCCGAUGCAAUCGUGCACGUCUGCCCCGCCGGAACAGUCAAGACGGGAACCGCGGUGCAGUGUGUCCUCGCGACGACCGAUGCAGACCUCGCUCCAUGCCAAUACCUGAUGGCGUACGCUACGUCGCCAUGCCUGCGGGAGAUCUUUGUCGCCACGCCACUGCAGGCGCGCAAGGCGCAGCAGAUGCUCGAGCGGCCCAGCUGCUCGCUGCUGUGGGACAACCGCACGGGUAGGCUGGCGGACCACGGAGACGGGGUCCUCGUCACCGCCGUCGGCCGGGCAGCUGCCGCCCGCCCGGAAGAGGGCAGGGCGCGCUUUCUGGAGCGGAAUCCGAACAUGGGGCGCUUCCUCGCGUCCGAUGGGGUUGCUCUCUUCCGAAUUAGCGUCGCCAGGUUUGAGAUCGUAAAGGGCUACGGGCGACCGAGGCGGUGGGAGCCGCCUGCAGUGUAG